AGUGCUUGCUUAAGCACCGGUAACCAAGACAGCAUCAACCAGCUGCUACAGCAAGGCGGCGCAAACACCAUUGUAUCUCUCUGUCCUGGGUCUACCAUCUCCAUCACCGAUUCCAUCGUCUUCACCGCCCCCGGCCAGGAAAUUUCCACCCAAGGCUACCCCACAGACACCGCCAGAGCCACCAUCAUCAUCCUACCCGGCAGCUCCGUCUCAGCCGCCAUCCGCGGCAACUGGCAAGACGGUGUCAAAGUCCUGAACGUCCAGAUCGACGGCAACCGUCCCAAUGCCGGACUCUAUACGGGCCCGGGUGCAGACGCCCUGCUCGAAAUGGGUGGCGGGACGACAGACCAGACGGUCUCUCACGUCGUAGCUAAAAACACAAGGAGCUGGAGCUGCAUGCACUUCAUCGGGUCCGGGCAGGAAGACAAUCCGUGCCGCAAUGCGAAUAUCACGUUCAACACCGUCGGGCCGUGUGGUGACGAGGGGCACGAUGCAGAUGGUAAUGCGCUGUGGGCUGAUGGGAUGAGCAUCGAGUGCGUGACGUCCACUGUCACAGACAACACCAUCACCGCGCCCACCGACGGCGGCAUCGUAAUCUUCGGCGCGCCGGGCUCCCACUUCCUCCGCAACACCAUCACCUCUCCUUCCACCGCCCUCGGCUUCGGCGCCAUCAACAUGGUGGACCCUACCUACGGCGGCAACUACUCCAACGUGGUCGUCGCCGACAACACCAUCGUGGGCGUUGCACCUGGGUUCUUCAACCUCGGCAUCGGCAUCGGGUCCCAGAUCUGGUCGAACCCGCACUACGAGCCCACGAACUUUGGGCCCACGACGGUAAGCAACAAUGUCUUCCGCGGCGCCAUCGGGUUCAGUGUGGUGGUGAACGGGUGGGAGGGGGGCUUGACGGCACAGGGGAACGACGUGGGAGGAGUGCAUGCGCCGAGCAGCGACACAGCGGAUGCGUCGGGCUGCGGCGCGCAGCAGCAGGCCUCGUUCGCUGCGAGCGAGCAGCUCAUCGUGUAUGCACCGGGUGUCCGCGGCCCGUCGAGCAUCCAGGAAGAGUUUGUGCGCAUCCCGAAUAACGGGAGCAACUGGCUGUGCUUGGCACACCCUCUCCCCUCACAGCGCUCCUUCGCUCCGCAGAGCCUGUUCGUCACAGCGCAGCAGUCGACGGUCGUCGACCUCGGCGGUUUCCACGUGCAGUUUCAGGGCGAUGGGAAUCUCGUUGGGCUCGAUACUACAGGGGCAGCGUGGACGCCGCGGUGGGCGACGAGCACGUCGUCUGCUGCUUGUGGGGAGGAGGGGGAGGACUGUCUGCUUGCGUGGGGCGCAGAUGGGAAUUUCGUGCUGUAUGAUGCGAAUGGGCCGUUCUAUGACAGUGGGACGAGCGGGAGGGGUGCGGAGUUGACGUUCUAUAACAGGGCGCCUUGGGUUGCGAUUACGGAUGCCGCAGGGAAGCAGAUAUGGAAGGUUGGC